AGUAGCUUACCAACAGCGACAGAAUUUUUGAAAUCUUUACAGUAGUUUCCGAUAUUGGCCUUUGAGGUAAAAACAGUAAUUAUUUUUCCUGUUUAUAAUAACAUUGGUUUAGAUAAGAAGUUUCCCAUAUUCUGAUAGAUAAAACUUAAUAUUUAUAUAGAAUUAUGACACCAUCAGUGCAGUGUGAUCGUGGAGGCAUUGUCGAGCGCGUCUCGUCACUAUGUAUAAAUAUAUUGCUCUGUGUGUGUGUGUCUGCUUGGGCGGCGUCGCUGCACACCUUAACAAGGAAGAAGGAGCUCCUUGUGAGUGGGAUGGAGUCAGAGGGCAGUGCGUGAAGGAGACCAGAUGCUUCACCACGUUGGCCAGGCGAGGUGCUGACCACCCCGUUUGUUCGACUAAAGACAAUGUAAAGAUCGUCUGCUGUACUGAUUGCCAUUUAAUUAAUGACACUAGAAAUGUGGUGAUGACCCUUAGCGGGUAUGCGUUCAAGGAUGGCACUAAAGCGAGGGACAAUUGCCUAGAGUAUUUGAAGACUUUGCCCCAUCAUUGUCGAGAGGAAGGUUCCUACUCAGGAGUUUCCAAGAGUUAUGACGAGCAGCACAAAUGCCACACUGUAGGAAUCUGGGGGAUCGGAGGCUCUCCUAUCGGUGGAUACAUACCAGGAGCCGAGUACCCCCACCAGGCUUUGUUGGGUUAUGGUACUGAGCUGUCCAGUGCCCAAUGGACUGCAGGAGGAACGAUUAUCAGCGAAAGAUACAUCCUCACAGCAGCGCACUGUAGUCGCAGUUACAAUUAUAGGGGAGGUCCAUUGACAUUUGUGGCUUUGGACGUGAAAAGGCGCUCAGACCCCCCAUACUCCUGGCAGACCAACAGAGUGAAAAGGUUUAUCCCUUACCCGGAGUACAAGGUUCCUUCCACGUACCACGACAUCGCCUUGAUUGAGACCGAAACUUCGAUAAUAUUCAAUAAGAAUGUUCUGCCUGCAUGUUCUCUGUUCGCAUGUCUGCAUGUUGAAGAUGUGAACACUGGUACUGCUAAAGCCCUCACCUGGAGGGACGUCACAGGGACUGAUUAUUACCAAAUUGCUGACACCAUCCAGACGAUAAAUUUGGAGAAGUUUACCUACGAAGAAUGCAAUAAAACUUAUCAGACAAACAGGCGCUUGAAGAAUGGAAUUGAUAGCAACACUCAAAUGUGUUACGGAAGCCGAUCGCAGGCACCAGAAGCUUGUAUGGGUCUGUCAGGAGAGCCUCUGCUGGUCAGCAACCAGUUCUCUGACUGCAUCCACACGGUCAUCGGCGUGACGUCAUUCGGUGCUAGAUGUGGACGCGGCUAUCCAUCGUACCCGGAUGUGUUCAUCCGGGUGGCAUACUACAAGACCUGGAUUGAAAGCAUUGUGUGGGCAUAGUACUCUAAAGAGAACUUUUUGAAAAUAUUCCAGAAAUACACUUUCAUUUUCUUAUGAAA